AUGCAAUUCUGCAGAGACGGAUCCAGUGUUUCGCUGAAGGAUGCCAUGAAGAGCAUCCAAGCCUCCUCCUUCGAGUCUAAAGAGAUUCGGGGCUCAAAGAAGCCUGGGCCCAGGGCCUUGGAGGUUCCCUACAAAGGAUCCGUCCUUACCGGUGAUGCACUGCGCGCACAGGUGGAGCUGUGGGUCCGGCGUGGAGUCAUCGAGUUGGACACCGGUGCUGCCCUGAAUCUGGUUGCCGGGAGCUCCGAUUGGCUGGAUCUGUCAGAUCACACCUUCGUGCUCUUCGGCGCGGGCUCGGCGAUGGGCCCCUUUCCAAUUUUGAUGUCCCUGGGUGCUCACGUGGUGGCAAUCGACCUACCCCGGCCGGCCAUCUGGAAGAGGCUCAUUUCGGUUGCCCGGGACUCCCCUGGCAAGCUGACGAUGCCUCUGACAAAAAAGGUAUCCGAUUCUGCUGACGACGCAGAGCUUGCCGAAUGCGCUGGUUGUGACUUGCUGAUGCAAACGCCCGAGGUGCGAAGCUGGUUGAAGGGUGUCUUAAGCUCCUCCCAGCGCGUCGUUUUGGGGGCCUACUGCUAUGCGGACGGCCCUCUCUUCGUGCGAGUCAGCGUCGCCAUGGACGCCAUCAUUGCAGAUUUGGUGGAGGAGCUGAAGGUGCCACCUGCCAUCGCUUACCUUUGCACACCAACUGAUGCUCACGUUUGCACCGCCAGCGCACGCGAUGCGGCUACCGAUGCCCUCC